AGUUCAUUUUUCCGUUGUCAUUAAACCAAAGUGCAAUAAAGAGUCAGAAAUAUGAAGGCUAAAUAUUUAACGAUCUUUCUCAACAUCUCUCUCCUCUGCUCUGGCAGAGGCAGGGUCCAGGCGCGAGUCGCGUGACACCGUAAAAUGCAGAUUCACAUCAUCCUGACGGACUAGUCAGGCAGCAUCUCCCGACACCGCUGUCCUGAAAUAUUGUGUUUAUAUGUAUGCAGUAACAAAGGGGGCCAUAGACUACAGUAAAGAUCUGAGAGUGUAUGUGGAUUUUAUUGUAUGGGAAUGUGUCUGCCCUUCAAACCAACGGACAGGCAGGACAUGCUGUGAGAUACACAGUUACAAGUUGUCUCAUUCUCGCGGUCUCGGGUCUGUGAAGGUGACGAUGUCUCCGGUUUCUCCGAUCCAGAUUGAAUGCCCCGGGGUAUUGUCACCCCUCAUCGUGGCGCAGCAUGGUCCACGGUGAGUGAGCGCGUACUGCAGUGAUCAGCUACCGGUCAUCUACCGCGCAGCACUCAAUACUCCAGAUAUAACCUAGUGAAGCGAGAGGAAACCUUUACCGAGAGUGGGACAUACCGGGUACCAUAGAAGAUUCAUGACCCUCUGAUGCUGGAACGGACAGGAGCUGAGUGGAGCUGAGUGGAGCUGAGUGGAGCUGAGUGGAGCUGAGUGGAGCUUGGUGUUCCCUGGGUUUUACAGUGAACACACAAAUAUACACAAACACACGUCUGCUGAGAAUGUUUCUUGACAACAUGAGGGGUCUCUUGCUGAUUGUCUUUCUUCUUCUGCCGAUGGUGUGCUCCCUGUAUUCUGAGGACUGUCUGGUCAGACGUCAGCAGGAAAGGUGUGUGGAGAGGAUUACCCUGAACAAUCUCACACACCUGAACGACGGUUGUCCCUGGAUGUGGGAUAGCUUUUCAUGUUGGAAGGCAGCAGCCAGGGGAGAGGUUGUGUCAGUUCGAUGUCCUGAGGUUUUCCACAUCCUAAUUCCUGAAGAUGAGAUUGGGUGGGUCAGCAGGAACUGUACGGAAGAGGGUUGGUCCGAGAUGUUCCCUGACUACGUAGAUGCCUGUCUGCCUGAUGACAACGCCACCAGACCUGACAUGAACCAUGCAUCUGUGCAGGCCCUGUACACAGUGGGUUACUCCACCUCUCUGGUCUCACUCACCACCGCCAUGGUCAUUCUCUGCAGGUUCAGAAAGCUCCACUGCACCAGGAACUACAUCCACAUGAACCUGUUCAUAUCCUUCAUGCUGAGGGCUGUGUCUGUCUUCAUCAAGGAUGGGGUUCUCUACGCACAGGAGGAGGACUGCUCAUUACACACUGUGGCCUGCAAAGCAGUGAUGGUGUUCUUCCAUUACUGUGUGAUGUCCAACUACUUCUGGUUGUUCAUUGAAGGCCUGUAUCUAUUCACCUUGCUGGUCCAAACCUUCUUUCCUGAAAGAAGAUACUUCUAUUGGUACACUGUCGUGGGAUGGGGAACUCCUACAGUCUGUGUGACUGUCUGGGCCGCUCUGAGGCUUCAGUUUGACGAUGCAGGGUGCUGGGAUCUGAAUGACAACACUGCCCUCUGGUGGGUGCUCAAGGGACCAACGGUCGUCUCCAUCAUGAUAAACUUUAUCCUGUUUGUUGGAAUCAUAGUGAUUCUGGUCCAGAAGCUUCAGUCACCUGACAUCGGAGGGAAUGAGUCCAGUAUCUACCUCAGCUGUGCUCAGAAAUGCUUCAGUGAGCCGACUCAGGCUGUACAACAUUCCUGCAGGAUGACAGAACUCUCAGCCAUCACACUUCGUCUUGCCAGAUCCACCCUGCUCCUGAUCCCUCUCUUUGGGAUCCACUACACUGUGUUCGCCUUCUCACCCGAAAACGUCAGCAAGAAAGAGAGACUGGUGUUUGAGCUGGGACUGGGAUCUUUCCAGGGGUUUGUUGUGGCUGUGCUCUACUGUUUUCUCAAUGGAGAGGUUCAGUCAGAGGUGAAGAGGAAGUGGCGCAGCUGGAGGGUGAACCGUUAUUUCAGUGCUGAUCUGAAGCACCAGCAGCGUCACCCAUCCCUGGCCAGCAGCGGAGCCAAUGGAGGAACACAGCUUUCCAUGCUCAGCUCUAAGAGCAGCUCUGCGUCACAGAUACGCAUGGUCAGCCCUCUUGCAGAGACCCCACCCACUCUCAACCUGCCCACCUGAUUGUCUCAGAGUUUUGAUUGAAAACCCACAGUCAACCUGCCCACUUGUUAGGCUCAGAACUUCUAACAGACCCCGCCAUAUUGUCCUAACCGAUUGGCUGAGAAUCCUAACCAAGACCCCGCCCAUAUUAAACCUGUUCACUUGACCUUGUGAUGGGUGUAGACCGCAACCUGACCACACCCUCUCUAUCUACCAAAGACUAAGUUGCUGGAGAUUAGUCCAGCGUCCAACAACCCUAAGCCAAACAAGAUCCUUUGUCCAUCCGGGGAACCAGGAAACGACCUCCUCAUAUUCCGGGGUUGUCCUAGCAACUCAUUUCUGUUUAGCUGAGAUUAUCUCUUGAGUGUCCUCUCGAGAUAAUUUAUAUUCCACAAUAAUGAAAACAAUGCUGCUUGCAACACAGUAGAUAGCCAGGCUCUCUCUCAUUCAGUGCAAGAUUAAUUUACACUUUGACAUGAACAAUUGCGAAUUAAUUGGUAUUCACCAAACAAUGACAAUUUGUAAAAAGAAGUUAGCAAAAUGUGACGCCAUAUCUUGGCUUUUGCAGUAGUUCCACAACGUGUAUAUAUUGAAUCAUGUACAGACAUUUUCAAAGUGCCAUACAGAGCGUCUUGUCUCAUCUUAUGGUGUUUCAUGCAUUCAUCAGCACAGUAUUUAGACAGAUUUAAAUGGUUCGAAGUAAAAUUAUAAAUGUGCCCAAAUAGCCUGCUAGCGAGUGACCUCUUUUCCAAUGUUGUAUGGCAAAGCAAUUUGACCAGGGAUAAUACAGCCCCAUUUACAAAAAAAUUGGUACGCUUUGUAAAUUGUAAAUAAAAACAGAAUGCAAUGAUCAGAGUGCA